UCCUCCUCCGUUUCACUCAAAUGAACAAGGAGCAGGUACCUGUGGCGAUAGCAAUAAUGGGGAAGCACAAACAAACGGUUCGCCAUGUUCAGCGUUAAACAGGAAGUAACUGGCAGUUUGCCGUAACUUUCCUGGAACGCUACAAAGUCGUAACUCGUGACUUGAAGUCUUGACUUACGAAUUCAAAAGCCUGCCUGGAACGCACCAUUAGUAACGAACAGUCCCUACAGACUGUUUGGCUAAAGGCAACAAUGCGGGACGCUGCAGCGGCAGGACGCCACCUGGGAGCGGAUGAAGAGCUCCACUCGGCGGGCGCAUCCUCGGGCCUCGCUGCCUCAGCUAUCCGGACUGGAUUCAUGGCGGGACCACGAUGGCGAGCGGCUGCUGCGGAAGACAGACUGUUGCAAAGGCCGCACAGCAUGAUUUGUGCCAGCCUUAAUUUACGGUUGAACAUAAGAAAGCGGGGACCAAACGCACGUUCCUCUCCUCUCAUGUGUUCCCAUGACAACAAACAAGUGGUCAAGUUUUUGAAUAAACUUGUGCCAUUCAUAACAAAACGUUUGGCCCGUAUUAUCAGUCUUUAAAACUUGUUGACGACACCUUGGAAAGUGUUUAUCAAAUCCUUUAGAGUAUUCAUCCUCGGUUGUAGUGGACACCAACAACCAUGAAACGAGGAUCCAGCUCCACGGAUACAAGGAGCAGCUCUGACACCCGCCGCUAUCACAUGCGCGCUCCCACCUCUCAGGUUGAUGAAAGCCUGUUUGGGAGGUCAACACAGAUAUCACAGUUAGACAAAUGUGGAAACUCAGCCUCCAAGGCCAAGAAUCAGUCCCAGAAGAACCAAGAAGGAGAGACUGUUCAAAUCAUCACCAAUAACCUCAUCCGUAACCUCAGGAUCCCAUUUAGGGAUCCUUCAAGAGAGUCCAUCAUACUGCCAUCAGCUGAGUUCGAGCGGAUCACUUCAACGUCCCAGGUUCUCACCAAGAAACAGAAGGAGGCCCUAAGGGAGGCUCAUCAGAGGAAGAAAGAAGUGGACAUUAGAGCUGCAGAGGAGAGGAAGAAUCAGAUCUAUGAGGCAGACCUGUCCCGGAAGGACAACCAGGCACUGACCGAACUGGAACGUGAGGCCCAGGACCGUGCCAAGAGCUUGGUAGAGAAGGCCAGUGUCUCAAAGAUGGAGCAAGAGCAGGAGAUCAAACAGCUCAACACGCUGAUUCUGGGUGCUCAGUGUCAAGCCACACGUGAUGCCCAGAUCCGAGAGAAGAAACAGAUCCAGGCAGAGUUGUUAGAGGAGGAGAAGCGUCUGGAUGGCAUGAUGGAAGUGGAGCGCCGCAAGGCCUUGGAGGCUGUGGAGCUGAAUAAUGAGCUGCGCAGACAGGAGAGGAUUGGCGAACUGCAGAAAAUUCAGAACCAAAUCCAGCAACAUCUGGAGGAGAGGCAAGUGGAAGACGUGAUGAAAGAGAAGGAGAAACAGCAGAUACGGAAGAACCUGGAGAAAAUGAACCUGGAGGACCUCAAGGCCCUGGAGAAGAAGAGGGAGGAGCGGAAGCGUCUGCAGGAAGAGAUCGUUCGUAUCAAUAAUGAGACCAUACGGGCCAAGGAGCAGAGGAGAGAGGAGGAGAGGCUGGCUGACAUGAGAGAUGUGGAAUAUAGACGAAACAAAAUGAAGCAGCAGGCUGAAUAUGAAGCAGAGCAGAGACGGAUCAAGAAGGAGAAGGAGUUGGAGAUUACCAAACUGAGGGCCCAGCAAAGAGAGGCAAAAAACUACAAGGCAGAGCAGGACGAGCUCCGUGCUCGGAGGAACCAAGAAGUCACAGAGAGAGAAUGGAGGAGAAAGGAGAAAGAGCUCACUGAAAAGAAAGCGCAGCAGGCAGAGAUGCUGAGGAUGGCUCGUCUGGAGCAGGUUCGUUGCAAAGAGCACCUCCUGGCGAUGGAGGCUGACCGGGAGAAGGCAGAGUUUGAGAGGGUGCUGAAAGCGCAGCAGGAAGCACUCAUCAAACAGGAGGAGGCAGAGGAGAAGCAGCGUCAGAAAGCACACCGCUACUCAGAGACCAUCCGAAAUCAGGUGAAGGCACAUGAGCUCUCAGCCGCAGCACAGCGCAGAGAAGUCUUUAAGGAGGCUGACAGGUUAAUGGAGGAAGCCCGGCAAAGACGUGUGCGCCUGGAUGAGGUCAAAAAGAAGAAGCUGAAGGAGCUCAGGGCUACAGGGCUGUCUGAAAUAUACUGCAGUGAAGUGGAAAGGAAGGCCUGCGCUUGUUCACUAUGA